UAUAUUAUGAUUAGGGGUUAUAUCAUCACUGAAAUGUAGCCUAGGCUAGUGUGCCGAGUUUAUCAGAAGAGCCAGAACUGUCGAAAUAAAAAGUGAAUCAUUGUCCGGGUCACUUGUUUUGAUGAAUCAAACAGUAUUUGCAUUUGCGUCACGUUUUGUUAUUGACAUAUCAUAACAAUACGUAACCUUUCACCUGUUGGUGUGAUGUUUUUACAGCGGAUGGCGGAACCAACCAUGCUGAUUUUACUCUCCCCGUGCGGCGGCUUCAAGUGGCUUGUGUGCGUGCGUGUGUGGAUUGCUUCGUCGCUGGGGCGGUACAGUGCUUUUCAAGAGGCUGAACCCGGCGGAGGUCCAGCGGUCCAAUGAUUGACUGAGCACAGAGCUUUGCAAUCAACAGGGCUAUGGAGAUCUCUCUCUCUCUCUGCUUGAGCAAGACAGUCUCUUACUCCUCGAUACAGCGCUGAGAAUUUCACACCAAAAAGUACAGCGCUCUCGCCCCGGACUUCUGUCUCCAGUCCAGACGCACCGUUGGGAGACAUUUUGUGGACUGACUGGGAAUGUCUUCCAAACCCGACGACAGUGCUUGACACAGAACCUGGAUGAAGGAAAGAAUUUGUCAUAUUUGAAGGAUCCAUUCCAAAACCAGUUUUCUGAUCAGCAUGCAAAUAUAUAUUUUAGCCUGAGAAGUUAGAUUUGCAGUUGGAUGAAAACCAUUAGGACUGCAGUUGCUCCGUGCUCAUAAACUACAAUAAACAACAAUUCAUCAUAACAACUCGCGCUCUAUUAGAAUGAUGAACGUUCAGUGGAGUAACCCGGUCCAAUGCAUCCGCAGUGGACAAGUCGGACAGAAACGUGUGAACUCAGAAACAGGAAACGAGCCGGUGUCCAAAUGCGCUCGGCUGAUCGAGUGUAUGGGCGACGUGGGGGUUCUCGAUAGCUCGCCGGAUUCCACUGUUUCCCCGGUCCUCUUGAGCGCCUCCCCGAACAAUCAAGGUCCGUCUCGGAUAGGCCAAUUUCUGAUCCAACAUAUGGCUGCCAGGGACAGGAUGCACAGCGCACUCAACAUUGACACGGGAGACGCGAUGGUGUGCAAGGUGUUUGACAUGGGUCUGUACCAGGAGAAGAUCCGGGCCUACCGCAUCCUGCCGGUCCACAGGAACAUCAGCUGUAUCCGAGACAUUGUCCUGGGGGAGCGUUGGGCAUACGUCUUCCUAGAGAAGGACCACGGGGACAUGCACACCUUCGUUAAGAGCCUCAAGCGUUUGGACGAGGUGCGGGCGGCACAGCUCUUUCACCAGGUGACGUCGGCCGUGUCACACUGUCACCAGCAUGGCGUCGUAUUAGGAGACCUGAAGCUACGCAAGUUUGUCUUCUCCGACAGGAAAAGGACCCAUGUGAAGCUGGAAGGCCUGGAGAACUGCAGGGUUCUCGAAGGAGAAGACGACUCCAUGUCAGACACCCACGGCUGCCCAGCCUACGUCAGCCCAGAGAUCCUGAACGUCUCCAGCUCCUACUCCGGGAAGCAGGCGGACGUCUGGUCCCUAGGGGUGAUGCUCUACACUAUGCUGGUGGGACGCUACCCUUUCCACCACCCAGACCGAGCUACCCUCUUCUCCAAGAUCCGGUGGGGCCAGUGCUGCCUUCCCGAGGGCCUUUCUCCCCAGGCCAAGUGUCUGCUGCGCUCACUGCUGAGGAAAGAACCAUGGGACAGACUGACCGCCGCCGAGGUGCUUAUCCAUCCGUGGUUCCACACCACCACCGCCAACACACAGGAAACAGGUGUCAGUGAACAGGAAGUGCCUUCCUGUGACACGGAAGAGGAGGAUGAUAUGUUCUGUUGAUCGAUGGGAUGAAUCACUGUGACUCACUCAACCCCUCGAGGGGAAUCGGACCAAAAAUAUGUUCAAGACAGAUUUUUUUUCUUUUCUUUUGUGGCACAUUUGAGAAGGUUAUUUUGGUUGUAUACUUUGCUGUAUCUCAACCAUUUUUUAAUUCCUCGCCAAUCCAAGGGAAUUUAAUCGUUUUUAUAGUCCCUUUCAUGUUUAUUAGUAACUGGAAUAAGCAAUUUCAUAAAUGUGUCAAGUGCAGUGUCUGGUUGCUCCUCAUUACACACCACAGACCAGCAGCGUCUGUUUGCUCCUCAUUUCACACCACAGACCAGCAGCUUCUGGUUGCUCCUCAUUACACACCACAGACCAGCAGCGUCUGGUUGCUCCUCAUUACACACCACAGACCAGCAGCGUCUGGUUGCUCCUCAUUACACACCACAGACCAGCAGCGUCUGGUUGCUCCUCAUUACACACCACAGACCAGCAGCGUCUGGUUGCUCCUCAUUACACACCACAGACCAACAACAUCUGGUUGCUCCUCAUUACACACCACAGACCAACAGCGUCUGGUUGCUCCUCAUUACACACCACAGACCAACAGCGUCUGGUUGCUCCUCAUUACACCACGGACCAACAGAUAUUCUUUCAUCAACAUAUGAAUCACUACGAAACUUAUUGUAUGACCUCUUAUACACUAUAUUAGGCCCAGCCCGACCUCUUAUACACUAUAUUAGGCCCAGCCUGACCUCUUAUACACUAUAUUAGGCCCAGCUUGACCUAUUAUACACUAUAUUAGGCCCAGCCUGACCUAUUAUACACUAUAUUAGGCCCAACCUGACCUCUUAUACACUAUAUUAGGCCCAGCCUGACCUCUUAUACACUAUAUUAGGCCCAGCCUGACCUCUUAUACACUAUAUUAGGCCCAGCCUGACCUCUUAUACACUAUGUUAGGCCCAGCCUGACCUCUUAUACACUAUAUUAGGCCCAACCUGACCUCUUAUACACUAUAUUAGGCCCAGCCUGACCUCUUAUACACUAUAUUAGGCCCAGCCUGACCUCUUAUACACUAUAUUAGGCCCAGCCUGACCUCUUAUACACUAUAUUAGGCCCAGCCUGACCUCUUAUACACUAUAUUAGGCCCAGCCUGACCUCUUAUACACUAUAUUAGGCCCAGCCUGACCUCUUAUACACUAUAUUAGGCCCAGCCUGACCUCUUAUACACUAUAUUAGGCCCAGCCUGACCUCUUAUACACUAUAUUAGGCCCAGCCUGACCUCUUAUACACUAUAUUAGGCUACUAUAUUGUGAUCACUACAGCCAAUGGAUCUGGAUACUGCUUUACAGCAGGUUUCUGCAGCAUUAGUAAAGACGUGAUCAAUACAUGUUGAUGAUUCCCUUCCUGUGCUGUUUGUAACUACCCUGGUAGGUUGACUGACAACCAGUUUGCAGGCACUGGUUACAGUUUGAAGUGUUUUCUUGUGUGGGCAGUUUGAUGAAAGCAAGUCAAUAUUUAAAUCCCCCGUAAAUAUUCCUCUCUGUUGAUAUCACGUAGAUUAUGAAGCAUUUCACACAUAUUAUCCAGAUACUGACUGUUAGCACUUGGUGGUCUAUAGCAGCUUCCCACCAGAAUGGGCUUCAGGGGAGGCAGAUGAAACUGUAGCCAUGUUAGGAGGUUAGUGCUCAGUCUACCAUUCAUUCUCCUAUGACAGUGAAGUUCCCUCUCCUUAGUGCUCUGUCUACCAUUCAUUCUCCUAUGACAGUGAAGUUCUCUCUCCUUAGUGCUCAGUCUACCAUUCAUUCUCCUAUGACAGUGAAGUUCCCUCUCCUUAGUGCUCUGUCUACCAUUCAUUCUCCUAUGACAGUGAAGUUCUCUCUCCUUAGUGCUCAGUCUACCAUUCAUUCUCCUAUGACAGUGAAGUUCCCUCUCCUUAGUGCUCUGUCUACCAUUCAUUCUCCUAUGACAGUGAAGUUCUCUCUCCUUAGUGCUCAGUCUACCAUUCAUUCUCCUAUGACAGUGAAGUUCCCUCUCCUUAGUGCUCAGUCUACCAUUCAUUCUCCUAUGACAGUGAAGUUCUCUCUCCUUAGUGCUCAGUCUACCAUUCAUUCUCCUAUGACAGUGAAGUUCCCUCUCCUUAGUGCUCAGUCUACCAUUCAUUCUCCUAUGACAGUGAUGUUCCCUCUCCUUAGUGCUCAGUCUACCAUUCAUUCUCCUAUGACAGUGAAGUUCCCUCUCCUUAGUGCUCAGUCUACCAUUCAUUCUCCUAUGACAGUGAAGUUCCCUCUCCUUAGUGCUCUGUCUGGCAUUCAUUCUCCUAUGACAGUGAAGUUCCCUCUCCUUAGUGCUCUGUCUGGCAUUCAUUCUCCUAUGACAGUGAUGUUCUCUCUCCUUAGUGCUCAGUCUACCAUUCAUUCUCCUAUGACAGUGAAGUUCCCUCUCCUUAGUGCUCUGUCUACCAUUCAUUCUCCUAUGACAGUGAAGUUCCCUCUCCUUAGUGCUCAGUCUACCAUUCAUUCUCCUAUGACAGUGAAGUUCCCUCUCCUUAGUGCUCUGUCUACCAUUCAUUCUCCUAUGACAGUGAAGUUCCCUCUCCUUAGUGCUCAGUCUACCAUUCAUUCUCCUAUGACAGUGAAGUUCCCUCUCCUUAGUGCUCAGUCUACCAUUCAUUCUCCUAUGACAGUGAAGUUCUCUCUCCUUAGUGCUCUGUCUACCAUUCAUUCUCCUAUGACAGUGAAGUUCCCUCUCCUUAGUGCUCUGUCUACCAUUCAUUCUCCUCUUGUCUGUUGUGGCCCAGCUAGUGUGUCCUCAAAACCGUUUAGACAAAUUAAUCUACAAUCAACUGUUGGUUUUAUUAGGAUUUGAGUGAUAAGAUUUAUGUUUUGUUUUUCUAUUUGAAUUAGAAGAUCUCUGAUGUUUUCUAUUUCCUUUGAAACGCAGUUCGCCACAGGGUGAGCCACAUGUACAAGCAAAUAGACUUGAACUGGCAUGAGUGAACAACAUUUAUAUUCCACUCUGAAUUCUGUAUUUGUGACACGACCUGAAGGUUUGGCCACAUCGAUAAAAGAAAAUAUAUUAGUUCAUAUAAAAACAUGUAAAUAUGUAUAUUGUAAAUGUGUGGAAAAAUUGAAUAAAUAUCGAAUUUGUUUCAUA